AUGAUACUGAGUGAGAAACAAAAGCAUCAGGGUGACGAGGAGGUGGUCAAAGAGUUGUGCAUGGCCAAUGGAGUGUCCUAUGAAAAAAUUGCACAAGAAGGGAGCAACAUCAGCACCCUGGAGAUCUUCUUCUCUGGUUUUCCCCGCAUGGUUGGGCUUUCCUUUUUCCCAAGGCUCUGCCAGCUGACCAUAGUGGGCCAGAACAUAAAACACAUCGAAGCACUCGAGUGCUGUCCUCUGCUUCGGGAGCUCUGGGUAGUCCAGUGCCAUCUGACAGGAAUAUCUGGACUACAGAAUUGUCUACAACUGGAGAAACUCUACCUUUAUGAUAAUCAAAUCUGUGAAAUAAAGAAUUUAGAAUUACAGGUCAAACUAGAAGUCCUGUGGCUGAGCAAUAACUGCAUAACUCAGAUACAGGGUUUAAAUGCACUUCAAAAUGUCAAAGAACUAAACCUUGCUGACAACAAUAUUGAAAAGAUUGGGCAUAGCCUUGAUCUCAAUGCCAGCCUUCAGAAUCUUAAUCUGUCCGGGAACAAGAUAAGUUCCUUUAAGGAGCUGACUCUGCUCGCCCGCUUACCCUGUCUCAGAGAACUGGCACUGAAGGACCCCACGUCUACCCCAAACCCAGUGUGUCUGCUGUGUAACUAUGCCACACAUGUGCUUUACCACAUGCCAGGCCUCCAACGACUUGACACGUAUGACGUCUCGGGCAAGCACGUGAAGGAAGCAGCUGAGUCCACAGUAAUGAAGAAAAUGAUGUACUACAACAUGCGUGUACGUACUGCUCAGAGGAACCUGGCAGAGACUCAGCUCAGUCUGGCAGAGAGGAAGAAAACUAUGUUACAGUUACCUGAGGAAUGCAUCAGAACAGUCAGUCAUGCCCUCAAGAAUCUUGAGCAUGAGCUCUCCAAGCUGCCAGCCGGUUCUAAGAAGUCUGCCUGCACGUUGGACGAUGGAUCGACCCACCUGGUCGAAGGUGUAGCUGACAGAAGUGACCCGACCGCUCACGUCAGUCAUGAUCCCGCCAUUGCGCUCAAGAUCCUCAACAAGAUUGAAGCGCUGAGGGAGAGACUGGCGCUAUGGACGAGGAGGCUUGAUGAGAUUGAAGCCUGGUAUGAACGGGAUUUGGUCCAGGCCACAAACAGGAUGGAAUAUACUGUCCAGUUUCUGUUGAUUGAGCUGGAAAGUGUUGGUAAUAUUCGUUUGGAAGAGGGCUGCUCUGCGGACCCUUGGUUUACUUCCUGUUGCGACCUCCUGCUGUCCCGCUUCUCUCAUUCAGACUUUGAGGUUCAUGGCAUCACUGGUAUUAACAUCAAUAGAGUUACCCGCAUCCACAACAGUGCUUUGCGGCUUCGCUUUGAGGACAAACUUCACACCCUUCUAGCCGGUGAUGAGUCUGCUACCUUUUCACACAGGAAUUACAGACGUCGUCUGGAGCACUUUUUCUACAUAUCUGACCCUGAAAAAAGUACUGAGAAGGAAGAAAUUUUGGCCAUUUUAGAGGAAGGCUUCAAGACAGCUGACCAAUAUAAGGCCUUGGAAAGAGAGGGUGCUAUACCGCUAUCCAAUAGCCUGAGUGUGACCGAGCAGCCCAGAAUUGAACACGCUCUGCGCCGGACCAGCCAAGGUGAUUCCAAGCACUGUAUGGAUACGAUCCCCUUCAGGCACGGUCAGAUUAUUGUUUGCAAAGUGUUUGUGGGCCACAGCACACCUAUCCGAGUGGGACAACCGGUCGACAGGAGCCACUAUCCUAAAGCCUACUCUGUCUACCGCAAUGUGGACGCUAAACAAAGAACUGCAAUGAGUGAAGAGAGACCCCGCUCCUCCAAAACACACACUGGCCCUGAAUGCAGUCCCCAGCGACGACAGUGGUUUGUGUUUGACCGUGAGCUUGUCUUGCCUGAGUACAUCGUACAUUUUGAAUACAUCACAGGGGCUCAAGAACAGGCUGCAUUGCCGGGCCACAGCACAGGCAGAGAUGAUACUCCUUCAAAUGACAUCAUCCUCGAUAAGCAAGUCCUCAACAUGGAACCCGUGCUAAAACCACAACCCAAGUUGUUGAGUUUGGAUGACAAAAUUCUGCUUAAUGUGGCCAGAGCCAACGUCCUCAGUCAGAUCACUGUGCUGAACCUUCAUGGCAACAGCCUGAGUAAAAUAAAGGAGAUUUCCCGCCUCACAGCUCUGCGGCAUCUUAGCAUCAGCUUCAAUGAGUUCACACACCUGGAUGGCAUUUCUCACAUGCCCAACCUUGAGUUUUUGGAUGCAAGCUUUAACCACCUGGUGACCCUAGAAGGGCUGAGGGCGUUGGGACAGCUCAAACAGCUCGACGUGUGCUGGAACAAAUUGACCAAGGCCAGGGAGGAUACGGCUGUACUGAGAAAACACACACCUGCUCUGCUGAAGCUUGAUACCCGAUAUAACCCCUGGAACAGGGUGCGUGCUCCUGAAGCAGUCAGAAGGACCAUGCUGGGCUGCCUGACGACCCUCACACACCUGGACGACAUCAUGGUAGCAGAGGAGGAGGCUGCUGAUGCUGUUCAGAUGGCUGCGGGAUCCAAAAUCAACCAGGCAUCUCUUCUGGCUCACUCGCGUACCAACAGUGAUCGUCCCCGCAGUCUCAGCCUGCUGUCAACAGCCAAGCUCCUGUGUCUUUUCAGUCCUGCAUCCUGGGGCUUCAGCCAAGAGCUGGAGGUAGACUGGACUGCAAAGAUCACUGCCCUGCACCUUGACCGCCAGAGGAUUUCCAAACUGAUCAAUCUGAAUAAGCUGGUCAAUCUGCGCUGGGCCUCCUUCAAUGAUAAUGACAUUUCUAAAGUGGAGGGUCUUGACAGCUGCUCGAAGCUGGAGGAACUCUCCCUCAACAACAACAGCAUCAAAACACUCAAUGGCCUGUCAAAACUGCCUUGCCUAAAUAAACUGAGUGUGGAUGGCAAUCAGCUGUCCAGUCUUGAUGCCUCAGUCCUAGAUCAGCUGCCAAACCUGUCCUUUCUGUCUGUGGAAAACAACUACAUCAGUUCCCUGCAUGGCAUCCAGCGAGUUCGCUCCCUCCUCGAGCUCUACAUCGGCAACAACCAAAUUUCUGUGUCGCAAGAAAUCUACUAUCUGAAAGGAUUGACAAACCUCAUCAUUCUGGACCUUCAUGGGAAUCCUUUAUUGGAGAAACUUGAAAACUAUCGAAUUUAUGCAGUGUUCCAUCUACCCUCCCUAAAAGCUCUGGAUGGCAUUGCAGUGGAGGUAACUGAGUGUGAAAGUGCAAAGGAUAUGUUUGGAGGAAGACUAACCCCUGACAUGGUAGCAGAGAAGCUGGGCCACUCAAACUACACAGACAUCAGCUACCUCACCCUGCAGUCCUGCUCCAUUAGGAUGGUAGAUCUGUGUCCUGCAGACCUGUUCUGUAGCCUGCGCAGUGUCAACUUAGACCACAAUAACCUCACCUCUUUCUCGGGCCUCAUCUACCUGCCCAACAUCAAAGCUCUAUGUCUGAACUACAACCACAUCGAGUCCAUCCUGCCCAGACAGAAGACUCAUCUGACAAACAGACAGAUGUUGUACAGCAAAGUUCACUCCAGUGGGUACGGCCAACAGAGCCCAUCCAAAGGCAAAGGGGAAACUGGGCCCACUGGUAGUCUGGAGCCACUGAUGGGCAGCCUGGAGGUGCUGCAUUUGAGUCACAAUGGCAUCUCCAAUAUGGCCAAUCUGCAGCUCAGCAGGCUCACCAAUCUUAAAGCGCUCUUUCUUCAAGGUAAUGAGAUCAGCCAGGUGGAAGGAUUGGAGGGUCUUCACCAGCUCAGAGAGCUUGUUUUAGACAAGAACCGGAUCAAAGCUGUGGCCAAUAACUCUUUCAUUUCCCAGAACGUCUUGCUAGAAUUGCACCUAGCAGAGAACAGGAUCCGGGAGCUCAGCCAUCUAGAUCCUUUGACUGAGCUCCGCAAGCUCUUUCUUGGCAUGAACAAGCUGCAGGACAUCACAGAGCUUAACAAGCUAGAAGUCCUUCCUUCGCUGACAGAGCUCUCUGUUGUUGGCAAUCCUGUAGCAAAAAAUUCUCUCCACAGACCAGCGGUAGUACUCCGUCUGUCCCGGCUGCAGGUACUGGAUGGAGUGAUGGUUACCCUGGAGGAAAGAACCAGGGCUGAACUCCUCAGUACUGAUCUAUCACCAUGCUCCCAAUGCCCUGGAGCUUCUCUACCUGCCACUGAGAUAAACCUACCUGGACUGCUACCCCUCAUGCCUCGACACACCGCUCUAAGAGGAAUGAGCAUAAGUGGAGGACUACAGAAUUUAAUGCAGGCACAUGAUGUCCUGCCAACUAAUGUGGAUGAGGCCCAAUCUCAUUACACAUACAAGCACAAGAAGCACAAGCAUGGUAGUGCUGCUCGAAACGGGCAAACUGAUAUUACCUUCAGACACAUUCGAAGAACAGGAAGCAACCUGACAACCACAAGCCUCCUAUCUGAUGGGAACAGAGUCAUCAUCACAUAUCCCAACCUGGAGCAAGACAGCAGAUUUCCAAAUGGUGGCAAACCUCCACCCAUGUAG